AAGCUAAUCCUUGUCCCAAGUGCCGUCAUAGUGAUUACUUCACGUUGCUCGAUAAAGAAAUGGAGAGACUCAUUUUUGAUUUAACAGUUUACUGUCCUUAUACUGCUAGUGGGUGUGGCUGGACUGGAGAGUUGAGAGACCUUGAUAAGCACAUCAGUCCGUCAAAACAGGGAGGGUGUCUUUACGUUGAGGUUGAGUGCUGUCAUGGGUGCGGUCAGAAGAUGAUGAGGAGUAGUUUGAAUGAUCAUGAGAGGGAGACCUGCUCUAAGCUCCCGGUUGAAGUUCAGAUGAAAGUACUUCAGGAAAGAGUCGAAAAAAUGUGUACAAGACUUACUGAGGAACACCAGAAAGAGAUAGCCUGCCUGAAAGCAAAAAUAUCAGAGCAAGAAGAGGAAAUAAAGAAUUUGAAAGUCACAGUUGGCAACAGUAGUGCAAAGAGUGAAGCCCACUCAAUGACAUAUGCACACUUGAAGAGAAGUGCCCUAGAGAUAAUGCCUAAGUUAAGAGGUGGUGCUAUACCUGGCGUACACUAUCAUGCAUCCACAGGCAGGGUGGAGAUAUAUGGUAGCAAUGAGGCAGAAGUCACGGCACGUGGGUACAGGUUCCAGCUGGAAUACCAACAUGUUAUAUUGUCGUCUCGCUCCAAAUACAUCCCACUGCCAUCAUAUACUGACCAGGAUGAGCUCUUGUUUCUAGUGACGGAGCUAAAUCAAAAGUAUGACUCCACUUAUUUAUUUACUACCGUCAAUGAAGGACAGAAUGCAAUGAAGAUAAUAUCGGUCAUUCAGUCUCAGUUUGAUGAAGUGGUCCGACUAGUGGAAGGGAAAUUAAAGGACCUACAAUUGUGUAAAAUUGUAUUGGCAUCCGGUCGUAAGGUCAUGCUCAAACGAGGAGACAUCACGAAAGAAGAUGUCAACAUCAUUGUGACAACGUCUAAUAGAACUCUACAGGGAAGCAGCGGAGUGUCAUGGGCUUUGAAUAAAGCAACAAAUGGAGAGUUACAGAAGAUUUCUGACAAAUACGUUGCCGAUUAUGGUAAGAUUAAUGUCGGUGAUGUGGCUGUUACUAACAGUGGUGGGGGAACGCUGAAAUGUAAGUAUGUCUUCCACUUUGCCAAUCCAAAGUCUUCUCAUGGUUAUACUGAUGAUAAAACCAUAGCUGACCUAUUGCAUACUGGUAUUACUCAGGCACUAAGAGAAGGGAUCAAACUACGAGCUUCUUCCAUUGCUAUCCCAGCUGUUAGCAGUGGAGCUUUUGUUUCAAAGAAUAGUCUAAUCUCCUCCACAAUAAUCAAAGCUAUUACUGGGUUUGAUUUCGGAGACUCGAAAGCUUUGAAGGAUAUCAGAAUCAUCAUACGUAACCAGUCAAUCUUCGGUAUCUUUGCAGAACAUUUUCAAAAAGACACAUCCAGUACGAUGACUGAACAAUGAACAUUUUUAUUUGGUUGGACAUACAUUGGCUCAUUAUUUUGGCAUUUGAAAGUUUGUGUUGUAUAAACAUUAAUUUGGGUGAGACUAUAAUUUGUAUUACAUGCUACAUAAAUAAUAAAAUUCAUUUUUUAAUAAUUAUAUCAAGUUAAUGACUAUAGUCACUACUCUCACUA